AUGUCGAAGAAGAUAUUUCUUCAUGACACAUUUGCCUCACAAUGUAGCCCCAAUGAGUGCAGCUACGAAACUUUACCUGCCAUCGGAGGUGACGGCCAAACCACAUAUGAUCCAGUAAAGGAAUGCUACCUAAAUGGGGAACUUGUGGAUAUCGUGUGUUCUGGAGGUCUUAUUGGGCCACCAGAGAAUGUGUGUGUUUCAGGGGCUUGGCUGUAUAGUUUUGGAUCAACUUGUGAAGAUCAAGUGACACAAUGCAAUACAACGGGCAUCCCAGAGCAUGGGAGCAUGUAUCCAGAUAAACCUAUUUUUGACUAUACCGACAAGGUCUACUACUCUUGUAACGAAAACUACACCCUAGUUGGGCCAUCGGAGGCAGUAUGUGAGUUAGGAGGAUCGUGGAAUCCACCGACACCUCCAACGUGCAAUGCGGGUUGUAUCACUCCUAACAUUGAGGAUGGUAUCAUUGUUCCUGAUACCAACACCGUCACAGAUGGCCAAGUGAUUACUUUCGAUUGCCACGAAAAUUUUACUAUAGGAGGACCCUCACUUAUCACGUGUCGUAAUGGGGUAUUUGAUCCAACAGAAAUUACAUUUUGCUACGCCAACUGUCCAUUGGUCAGCGAAAGCAUUGAUAACGGGAAUGUUUUUGGAGAAGGUCCACCAUAUACCAACGGUCAUCAACUGCUGUACGAAUGCAAUGCAAACUUCACCUUAGUCGGUCCGAUUAAAAUCACCUGUAAUGAUGGGAUUUGGAGUGACUCCGAACCGACCUGCAAAGCCCAGUGUUGGUUCAAAUCAGUUCCGAAUUCUGAUUCUACAUCGGGUCACACGUUGCCCCAUGGUGAAACUUUGCGGAUCACAUGCGACUACGGGUAUUCGACUGGAACAAGCCGGACAACAGACGUGACUUGUUCUGAAGGCGUAUUAUCUCCCCCUGAGCAUCCUCAAUGUUUAGCACAGUGUAACAGGCCGACAGUUCGAGCUUCAAACGCGACGUCCCCUACUCCCUUAAUCCACCAUGGAGAAACGAUUACUGUGACAUGCAAUGAGGGAUAUUCAAAUGGCGAAUCACAAAGCAUGUCGGCUGUAUGCAAGGAAGGAACCCUCGAACCACCGGUUUUAUUUUGCUACGCCUCAUGUGAUCAACCGAGUAUACCGAAUUCAACUACGUCUUCAAACAGUACGUUGAUUCAUCACGAUAAAAUCAUUACAGUUACAUGCGAUACCGACUUCUCGAAUGGACGAUCAGAGAGCUCUUCAUCUAAGUGCAGUGACGGAAUUUUUAUUCCAACAAUUCCUUUAUGCUAUGCGAACUGUAGACGAAUCACUAUUCCACAUUCUGACGCUGCUGUACCAGGCCCUAAUAUUCGUCAUGGACACUCCUUAACUGUAACUUGUGACCAAGGAUUUUCAAACGGAUUAUCGUAUAAAUCAACAUCGGUCUGUAGUCACGGAAUAUUCUCCCCUUCCCUGCCGUCAUGCUACAACCAAUGCAGCCGGCCUAUACUUGCUAACUCAGAUGCUACUUCGUUGGAUCCGCCCAUUCUCGAAGGCGAAUCGCUCAUUGUGAGGUGUAAUGCUGGUUUUUCCAAUACACAAUCACAGACAUUCACAACAAUUUGCCAAGACGAUGGAAAACUCCGUCCUAAUGUUCCAAGUUGUAACGCUCAGUGCAGCAGACCAAUAAUUCAAAACUCAGAUGCAACAUCAUCCUACCCAGCUAUCAAACAUGGUGAAAUUGUUUUUGUUACGUGUAACAAUGGAUAUUCAAUUGGAAGUCCAGGACCAACCAAAUCAGUCUGCGAACACGGAGCUCUGGAUCCGACCCCACGUUUUUGUUAUGCCGACUGUUACAGACCGGUGAUUUCCAACUCUGAUUCCACCUCUCCCUAUCCUGUUCUCCAUCACGGCAGGACACUGCCUAUUAAUUGUGACGCAGGGUAUUCCAAUGGACAAUCGACCAGUAUGACAGCAAUAUGCAUGGAUGGAAUCAUUAACCUACCGAUGCCCUAUUGUAAUGUUGCCAUCCGGGCAACCAUGAUGGCAGUUUUGGUUGCCAACGUCACCCCGGCAACCGCUAAUUUCGAGCCCUAA